CAAAUUCGUGGUUUUAUUGAUAUUAUAUUAAGAUAUAAGCAUGGGCCCGAGCCGGGGGUAUUUGGGCAUUGUGAGGCGUUUUAUGGCAUGGUAGAGGCGCAGGGUAGAGGUACCCUGCAUUGUCACUUUUUGCUUUGGAUAGCAGGGAAUCCUAGACCGCAAGAAUUACGCAAUCGUAUGGCGAAUGAAGACGGUUUCGCUGGUAAGAUGUUCUCAUGGUUGGAGAGUAUCAUUAGCUGCGAAUUGCCAGAGGAUACCGGGCCAAUUCCAGAAACGUCGUCUGAUCAGGCGAAAAAACCUCAACGAAACGUGGAAGAUUUAGAUCCACGGUUGGAAAUGCCUCCGCAGGUAAUCGAGAUGGAUCGAAAAUCAUUUGAACAUGAAUUUACCGACUUUUUGACCCGCUUAGCCAUAGAAUGCAACUGGCACGUUCAUAACCAAACAUGUUUCAAACAUGUGAAGAAUGGUGAAAAAAAGGAUGACUCAACGUGUAGGAUGCGUCUUGAUGGCUCUGUACAGGAUGUGACGACGCUCGAUCCUCAAACAGGCUCAAUCGAAUUGAGACGUUGGCGUGGACGGGUGAAUAACUUUACUGAUCUCGUUUUGUUUCUUAUGCAAUGUAAUACUGAUUCGCAGUUCAUCGGCUCUGGCGAAGCUGCUAAGGCUACAGUGUUUUAUACGACCGAGUAUAUUACGAAAAGUGACUUACCAUUGUACGUCGGUUUACAAGCUUUGGAUUACGCAACUAAAAUGCAUGAGAUGAAUGCAAAUGGUUUUGCUGAUGGGGGUCAGAAGGAUCGCAAUUUGAUUAUGAAAUCUGUGAACGCGAUGAUGGGUAAACAAGAAAUGUCUCAUCAACAAGUAAUGAGCUACCUGGUUGGUGGGGGUGACUAUUAUACUAGUCAUGUCUUUCACACAUUUAAAUGGUACGAAUUU